GAAGCUAUUGAAACUUGUUUCCAAUGUGUUGAUGAUUACAUCUUGCCUCAGAAUGUUACCAGAGAUGAUGUAAGAGCAAUGAGAAAAUCAUGCCUUCCAAAACCAAGCUUGAAAUUCAAAGCCAAGAGGAAAUGCAUUAAGAAAUUUAGAAACAAGGGUGAAAUUGAAGCUUGCCAAGCCUGUAUCCAAUCAUACAGUUUACCAGAAAAACCAUCAUGUGAAGAGGUUAACGAAAUGAAAAGGCAGUGUAUAACAGAAAGAUCUGGUAGAGAACUCUGGACAGAGCCGAUAUUGCAAGAUGAAGAAGAAGAAGAAUUCAUUUAAUAAACACACUACAGCCUUUUUUUAGGGGGGUGCUGUUGCAUUUAGUUUAUUAAUUUUAGUAUUUGAUUUUCUUCUUUCUCUGCUUUAACUGCUGUGCAGUUUGUAGUGUUUUAUGUAACUAUGUGUAGUUUAUAUAAAAAAAUUAUGGUGUUAUUCAAAAUGUUAAAAUAAUUUCAGGUCAUUCCUGCUGUAUUUGCUGCUUUGUUUAGUUUGAUAGAAAUAUCAUAGGGUUAACAAAUACUAUGAUAUUUCUAAAUAUCAAACUAUUUUCAUAUAUGUGUGGUGCAUAUAUUUCAAGUUUGAUGUUUAUAAACUAUUAUGUGUGAACUGUCUAUUUAUUAUUUUUAAAUUAUAGAAUUUUACUUGAAAAUUUUCUGUACUUUAAUAGUUUUGAGUAUUAAUGAGUGACAUAUAAUUAGUUUUAACUCAUUCUUUUAAAGCUUAACAAGGUUCCAUGCAUUGCUCAAUGUUUUAAUAUUUUUAGUGUCUGUAUAUUUACUUUUAAAGGAUUAUUAAUUCAAACUGUAGUAUUUGUUUUAAUCCUAAUAAAACUGAAAUUUAAUCAGUAUUUAAUGCCUUCUUUAUAAACUUUGUAUUAUGUUUUGCUUAUUUAUAAUUUAAAAAAGGCACAUACUUUUUCAUAAAUUAAUAUUUAUUGUUUAAGAUGUUCUUUCGCUAAAAAUGUCUUGAUCUUUCGAUGGUCCUUCAUUUUAAUGUGAACUACAUAAAUCAUCACUUAAGUAUUUUUAAUUAUAUAAAAUCUUAUUAAAUAAUAUGUAUACCGUAUUAACUCACAUAUUUCUCCCACUCACGUAAUUCCCUCCCUCUCUAGGGUUUUCAGAAUAUGAUUUUAAAAACUUCUUAUUUAGGGUAACAAUGUAAAAUGAAUGUGCAAGCAGAAAAGUGCUGUGUAUAAGUCAAAUGAAAAUAUGCUAUGGUUAUCAAUUAAGCUGUUGUUUUCAGAAAUAGUAUACACUGUAUUUUCCCCCUCCCAGUUUCUAAGCUGUAAAAUUAGGAGAAAAAAGGAGAAAAUGCACAAGUAAAUAUGAAAGUAAUUAUUUUAUUCCUCUCCUCUUAUUAUUAAUGGAAGUAGUGUGAUUAAUGAUUUUUGACAAAAGCACUUCAUUGUAAUGUAAUUACUUUUGGUUUUAACUCUAUAAGCUCCCUUUUAUUUAGUUCCUUGGUUUUAUUUUGCCAAAAAUCAUGUAAUUAAAAUAUAUUUUAACCAGUAAAUUUGGUUCUAUAAAGUUAAAGUAUCCCGUAAGCAUGACACAUUCCACCCCCCCCCAAAAAAGUACUUCUGCAUUUUUUUACAUUUGAUUUAAAUAGUCACAGAAUUGACAAAUGAUUUUUAAUGAAGCGUGUAGUGUCAUAACAUUUAUCUACUUAAAUAUUAUAAUUUUCAAUCAUUCUUUAAAUUAUUUCUUUUCCUCUACCAUUAGGAAUGCUUCACUAUGAAAAUCAGUUAACAGCCUCACUAAAAGUUUUUGACAUAUGCCUGUUUUAUGCAAUUAAAAUUUUAUAUGUAUAAUGUCCUACAAAUGACUGCAUAUGAUAAAUAUAACACAAGGUAGAUGAAUAUAGUGUAUAUCUGUAUAAACUUUUAAAUCUAUUGACAAAAAUUACCCAUAUUUUGCACGGCUUGUAGAAAUCUGGUGAAAAUAAAUGUAAGCAGCUAUGGAAACUGGA